CCCCCUGCGGACAGCGCCAGAGACACUCCCCGCGGGGCAGCAUGAGGGCGGCGGUGCGGCUGUGAUCCGCGCCGCAGAGGGGCAGCCCCGUCCCCGGCUCCUUGGCUGCGGCCGCCCCCAGUCCCCGUCAGAGCGGUGCCCCGGGAGCUAUGAGCCAUGAAGCCUCCUGGCAGCAGCGCCCUGCGGCAGCCCCUCUCCUGCCGCAGCCUCAGCGAAGCCGCCUCCUGCCUGAGGCUCCGGCCGCCGUGCCGCCUCCAACUGCUGCUGGGGCUGCUGCUCCUCUCCGGCCCCGCCUGGCCCCAGCCCUGGGGGGCUGCUGCAGCCACCGCUCUGCAUUGGAACGAAACUGCAGGAGGAAUAGCAGGAGCACUGUCAGUUAAAGAGAAUACAUUUCUACAAAGUAACAGCAGUAGCAGUAAGAAUAACAGCCAGAGCAAUGAAAGCCAGAAAGAAAUCACACUGCCUUCAAGACUGGUCUAUUAUAUCAACAGAGACUCUGAAAGCCCUUACCAUAUCCUGGACACUAGGGCAAGACACCAGCAGAAACACAACAAGGCUGUGCAUCUGGCCCAGGCAAGUUUCCAGAUUGAGGCCUUUGGGUCCAAAUUCAUCCUUGACCUCACAUUGAAUAAUGAUUUGUUAUCCUCCGAUUAUGUGGAGAUUCACUAUGAAGAUGGAAAACCACAAUUUUCUAAGGGUGGAGAGCACUGUUACUAUCAUGGAAACAUUAGAGGUGUCCAGAACUCCAAAGCUGCCCUUUCAACAUGUAAUGGACUUAAUGGCAUGUUUGAAGAUAGCACCUAUGUGUACUUCAUAGAACCAAUGGAUUUGACCCACAGUACAAAAAGCACAGGCAGGCCACACAUCAUUCAGAGGACUUUAGGAACACAAACCUCAAAGCAAAUGAAGAAUGUUGAGACUGAAUCUAGUUCUGAGUGGUCCUUCCUGUCUGAGUUACAGUGGCUCAGGAAAAGGAGAAGAAAGAGGGCCGUGAGUGCAUCUCGUGGUAUAUUUGAAGAGAUGAAAUAUCUGGAGCUCAUGAUUGUCAAUGACCAUAAAAUG